AUGAAAGGCUUGACGUUUCACCGACCGAAGAACACAAACGUUCGCCUGAUUGACUUGGGCUCAGCGACCUUCAAUAACGAACAUCACUCUGCCAUAAUCUCUACUCGUCAUUACCGCGCCCCUGAAGUUAUCCUUGAUCUGGGUUGGUGGCAACCAUGUGAUACAUGGUCUCUAGGUUGUAUUUUAUAUGAGCUUCACCGUGGUGCAACGCUAUUCCGCACUCAUAGUAACCGCGAACAUUUAGCAAUGAUGGAGCGCGUCUGUGGCCAUAUUCCACUGCGGAUGAUACGUAAAACAAGGACAAAAUAUUUCCACAACGAUGUACUAGAUGUGACGGGAACAGAUGAAAAUUUCAUUCGAGACACUUGUGCAAAUCUCGUCAGAAAAAUCGAAGACUCGGACCCUGAAGAACGUGAGUUGUUUGAACUCAUGCAUGCUAUGAUGCAGUUUGAACCUGCAGCACGUAUCACUAUGUCCGAAGCUUUGCAAAGCCCUUUCUUCAACCGUCUCCCAGAAAACAAAAGGGUAGCAGAUCUUCAUACAUCUUGUCUCCCGAGAAGACCUGGUAUUAUGGAUCCGCUGCGUCGUACUGCUCAUGCGAACACUUUAGAUUCGACUGGAGAGGGUGAAGCAGAUUGA